UUAGAGCGCUGUUUAGUAUACUUGCUGCGGUUAUGGCUAACUGUGGUUUAAGGUUUUGAUUUUGUUGGGAGCUUGGACAUAUCUCCAUAAUUUCGGUGAGUCUUGAUUUUUGCAUGGACUGAAUUGCUGCUUUAUUUAUAAGGGUGAUUAUAAUAAUCUCCGGUUGUGUAGGGUUUUUCAUGAGGGUUUAUAUGGGUUCAGAAGACACAGUAAAACAGUUUAAUUUAACUCUAUACUCAUUUGUAUCGUCUAUACUUGUUUUAGUAGUUGCGAGAUCGAUGCCUAUCGUAUUGCUGGGUUGAGAUUGGUUGGGAGUGACUUCUUUUUUGUUGGUUAUGUAUUACGAGGGCAAGAAAUCUUUUGAUGCUGCUAUGAUUACUGCUCUGACCAACCGUGUUGGGGAUGCGUUGCUAAUUUGUAGAACAGCUGGUAUGUGUAUAGCGUCUGAUUUAAGUUUAGACAUAAAACCCUAUUGUUGAAGUUUUAUUUUUAUUAUUGGUUGUAUUACUAAGAGAGCUCAAGUGCCGUUUAGCAGAUGACUUCCUGCUGCUAUGAUAGCUCCAACUCCUGUCUCUUCUCUAGUUCAUUCUUCCACUCUAGUGACGGCUGGAAUUUAUCUGUUAAUCCGGUCCUCUACUUUCUGGGUGAAUUCCAAUGCAGCCUGUAGAUUGCUAAUGGGGGUUGGUAUUAUCACUACCACUAUUGCUGGAGUCAGGGCAGUUAUGGAAAGAGAUGUUAAAAAAGUUGUUGCAUUAUCAACAUUAAGUCAACUGGGUAUCAUGGCUUUUAGAUUAGGUUUAGGAGAAGUCGAAUUAGCUUUUAUACACUUAGUAUGUCAUGCGUUUUUUAAGGCUGGCAUGUUUUUAAGGGUGGGGUCUAUAAUUAGGCAUAAUGCAGGUAGCCAGUUUUUUAGAAGAUUUGGUAUGAACGUAGCAAGUCUUUCGCCUUCGGCUGUUUUCGGGUUAUUCAUAGGAAGGAUUUCCUUAAUAGGAGUUCCGGGCACUGCUGGUUAUGCUUCUAAAGAAUCAAUUGUUGCCUCGGGGUAUUCAAGAAACUCUUGGUUUACGGGGGGCUUAAUGUACUUAGGAAUUGGGCUGACUGCUCUUUAUUCAGUUCGUGUUCUUGUUGGGGUCACUGGGUUAGCUAAGCACGGUAUUCGAGAUUUUUUAGGAGCUCGAGAGACCAUGAUGUUGUCUGCUCCGGGAGUAUUCUUAGUAUUCAUGGGCUUAAUCGGAGGAGAGUUUGUGUUCUUAAGCUCUUCUGGGGCAUUUUUUUUUGAGGCUUUAUCAUCUAGGGAAGCUUGGUUUUGCCCCUACCUAAUGGUUGUAGUGGGGGUAUUCGUAGGGUCUCUGCUGCAGUUACUCUUGUCUAAGCUUUAUGAGUUGCGAUCUAAGUGAAUUUACGGAAUAGUAUUUUUAGACUUAACUUCACGUUCAUUUGUAAGCGAAGGCGGUAGAACUAGGUUUUCUGGGGUAUCCGGAGAUGGAGAAAAUGUCGCUGAAGUUUCUAUUCCGGUAAGAACCCUAGAAGUUGGGUUAGAGUAUCUAUCUGAUUUUCACAAUGUGAUUCAACGGGCUUCUGUUACCGCCGGAGUUAGAGCAAUCUUUGGCUUUAGCGGUGCUUAUGUGUUAUUGUAAAAUGUGAAAAUUGUUGUUUUUCUUGCUUUGGGUAUACUCGUACUAGGGACUCUCUAUGCUGCCUCAUUAUUUUUUUUCAGGGUGUUUCUUAGGUUAGCCAUUCUUGGUGAAGUCGGAGAAAAUUGUAGUGAUUUUUUGUCGUUACUUUCAUUUAUAGUGUAUGUAAGAGGAAUUACUGCUGUAAUUGGGUAUUUUGUGACAUUCUUCCCUAAAAAGUUUGAAGGGCGUGGUCAGAGGUAUUGUGUUGUAAGACUUUCAUAUAUCAUUGGUUUGGGGUUAUACAUUAUUUUUGUUGUGACUUCGCACGGGUACUGUGGAGUUGAUUUAGUUAAUCCGUGAGACUCUACGGGGGUAUUAAGUCUUCACGGGCAGGCAAUUAGGUUUCUGGCACCGAUUUUAUUGGUCGUGAUAGUGGCAGUGGUGGUAAUAUCCAAGCCUGAAUUAAAUGCCCUUCGCCGCUGAAGGCCUUAGUGACACUCGGGGACGAGACUUCAAAAUUAAAAGUUUUAUUCAGGGUUUACCUAUAUUCGGGUUGGAGUAAAGAUUGCUUAAAUAGUUUAAUAAAAUAUCAACUUGUGGCGUUGAAGAUAUCCUCAGUGAUUUUAAGUAAGUGGCACUGUUAUACCUAGUUGUGAGAACUUCUUUUUUGGUUUUGUUUUUAAAUAAAAAAGACCAACUAAUAGGGGUUGCUAAUUUAAUAGCUUUUUGGGCUAUGUACAGUAUUUCAAUGUGGUCAGGUUCUGGGGUUUCUUGAGAAUCCUAUAGGGAGUAUGUUACUAGGGAUAUCUUUAGGGCUAGAAUGGUGACACUGACAUUUUGGGUAUGCGGCGUGAGAAUUUUAGCCAGCGGGUCUAUGGGAACGUUACGGGGGGACUACAAAAGGUUUGUCUGGUUAAUGUUACUACUGUGCGUUCUUUUAAUGGGUUGUUUUUUAGUAAACACAAUAUCUAUUUUCUACGUGUUAUUUGAAAGAACUUUAAUCCCAAUGGUGGCAAUUAUUGCUAUUUGGGGUCAGCAGCCUGAGCGGAUUCCAGCAAUUCGGUACAUUAGGGCCUACACUGUUGGUGGAUCUCUUCCUUUACUUUUUGUAAUUGUUUUUAUGGAGUGUGAACUUGGUAGAAGGUUUAUGUGGUUUUCUACUGCCAAAUCGCAUAUUGACUGAUGGUUUUGGGUUAUAUGUUUCUCUGGGUUUUUAGUAAAAUUCCCUGCAUAUCCUGCACAUACGUGGCUUCCUAAGGCCCAUGUCCAGGCCCCUGUUGGGGGAUCAGUGGUUCUUGCUGGGAUUCUUCUUAAAUUGGGUGGUUAUGGGAUUCUUCGUAUAAUGGCGGUGUUCUCAUAUAGGUUAGAGAAGUUUGGGUUACUGGUAAUCUCUUUCUCGCUAGGGGGAAGAAUUUACGCAGCAUUUAUAUGUUCGCGACAAAGUGACGUUAAAAAGAUAAUUGCGUACUCUUCGGUUUCACAUAUAGCAUUUUGUAUUAUUGGCUUAUUUAGUUGUUUAGAGGUUGGGUUAGCUUCUGCUUUUAUUAUGCUCAUGGGUCAUGGAUUUAUCUCUUCUGGACUUUUUGCUUUGUGCGGCAUAAGAAGUGAGUUAACUCAUACUCGAAAUUUAAAAAUAAUGAGGGGUGCUUGUCGUACUACCCCAGUUCUUACUUUUAUGUGACUUGUUUUUAUUAUAAUGAAUUUAGGAGUUCCUCCUUGCCCAACCAUUAUUAGGGAAGUUUUGGCUGUGGUAAGGGUAAUUUCUGUGGGUCCGUGAGCCUUCUUAUUUCUGGUAGUUUAUUUCUUUGCAAGGGGGGUUUACAGGUUUGGGUUAUACUGUCAACUUGCUCAUGGGCCUGUUCCAGAAGAUCCGGCUAUGUUUGAAGAGGUUAGACCGCGUGAUAUGCUUUCCGUAUUUUUUUUAUUCUAUCCGUUAGCAGAAUUACUUGUUAAGUGAGAUCUAUGAAGCACUCUCUAAAGGUCUUGGUUGAGUGGGCUCAUAAUUUUCUCGUUGUGUAGUAUAUAAAGUACAAAAGAUUGUAACUCUUUAGGAACUGCUGCAGUCGCAAUGACAUGACAAUUCAGUUUUUAGGUUUAGUCGUAUUUUUUUCUAUUUUCUCUUUUUGUUACAUAAGGUACUUUAUUUGGUCUCCUUUAGGAAUAUUCUCGUCAAUAAGAAUAUGGGGUAUUUACAAAAAAAUCUACGUAAGAAGUAUACAUAGAAAAAAAGAGCGAUUUAGGGCUUUAGGCGGAGGAGUAAGAGAAGGCUUAAGGUGAAUUUUUGAUUUCACAAUUACCCUGGUGUUAAUUGGUAUUUUGCCUUGGGGGUUUCCUGGGUUAUCCUCAUGAGAAGUAGUAGCUGGACUAAUGCCUAGGCUUUUUUACUCAGUAAAUAUUUUACAAACGGAUGUGGAUAUUUUCAGAAAAUCUCUUAAGUUUAAGCAGUCUGUAAUGAAGUCCUUUCUUUAUUUUCCCUUAUUAGUUUUGAGGGUGGUUAUUCGCCCUGUAACACUUACGGUUCGGAUAUUAGCAAAUGCGCUGGUCGGGGCCGUUGUUUGCCACUCUUUAGCUAAAAUAGUGGCAUAUGGUGUUGCUUAUUCUAAGUUUUUGUCCCCCAAAACCAUAUUAUGAUUUGGUGUUAUUUUAAUUUGGGAGUUAGUGGUCAUAUUGGUUCAAAGGUCGCUAUUUUUGGGGCUGUCAAAGAUUUAUUUUCGGCCAACCCCAGUUAAGUUUAAAGUGGCGGUUAAGUAAGGAAAGAAUAGCUUAAAGAAUGUAAAGCGUUUGACUGUUAAUCAAGGGCUCCCGGAACGGGUUCUUUCUGCUUUAAUUUUUGAUAAAAUAAUUUAAGACAGGGUAGUUUAAUAAGAAUAAUAAAUUGCAAAUUUGGGGGUACAAAUGUUUUGUUCCUGUCUUUGCUUUAGGACUGUGAUUAAAAGCCCGGGCUGUAAGUUAAGUAAAAACUAUCAGACUUCAAAUCUGAAAAUAUCUUUCUUUGGUCAGCCUGAUUAUUUAACAGUUUAAUAAAAUUAAAAGGGGAAAUGCUCUUCGAGCGUUAGGGUUCGACAGCUGUUCCCCAAGUGUAUUAUUCUUUGGCUGGCUUACUUUUUAUGAUAUUGGGUGUUUAUUUUGCAUUACUUGUAAAUUUUGUGACUAGGUUGUUUUGGAUUUGAGUUGCAAUGGAUCUAAGAACCAUUUUUUUGGUCCCUUUUCUAUGUUGCGGGAUAUCAUUAACAGGGAUAAAUCAGUGGUAUAAGGGGUCUGCGACAUAUUUCGUAGUUCAGUUUAUGGGGAGCGCAAGAAUUUUAUAUUCCGGGCUUACAAUGUGGGAACCGGCUUUUGAGCUUGUGGGGGUAAUUUUCUUAGUUUCGGGGUUUGUGUUAAAAUUAGGGCUUUUCCCCCUUCACUUUUGGGUGCCCCGAGCCUUUGUAAAUUUUCACUAUCCAGCGAUUUACUUAACUGGAGUAGUGCAAAAAGUUUUUCUUAUUUUAGCCCUCCCUUAUGUUAACUCUAUCGGGUAUAUUAACUCACUAAUUGGGCUGAGGGCGCUUUGUAGAGUCCUUUAUGGGCCAGUUGCUAUGUUCAACUGCACUAAUAUUAAAACCUUUCUGUCUUAUUCUUCUAUUAAUAAUACUGGCCUAAUAGUUGCUUGUUGUAAUAUUAGAAAGUAUCUGUUUUUAUUUUACGCUAUUUGUUAUUCAGUAAGGAUGUUAUUUUUGGUUUUAAUCCUCAGGGCUUGCAUGUCUGACAACAUUAAAGAGAUAGGCGCUAGGAUGCCUAAUUUUUAUUUUUCUAGGUUCUUGGCAAUAGGUUUAAGGUUUUCUGGGUUUCCUCCGUUUACUGAUUUCUGUGCAAAGUUUGCGGUUGUCACUGGCUAUGUUGAUUACGCAAUAUGAGGGUAUAUUUUAGCAAUUUUAUUAAGGAGGGUUAUUAAUCUAUUAGUUUGAAUUUGGUUAAGUGUGGUGAUCAUCCGAGCCAUGCCGUCUGAAGGCAGUUGUGGGCCUACUUUUGUAGAUAGGUGCGUCAAUUACGGGUGCAUUCUGUGGAAUGCUACAGGUGGUGUGGUUUUGAUAUUAUUUUACUAAGUUAGAUUUAGUUUUACAGUUAAAAGGUAAAUUAAUUUUAAACAAACAUGAUAAAAGGUAUGUCCGGAAUUUAUGAAUUCCUCGAUGCCACUAAGAUACGUAAUCUGAAGUGGUUUAUCCCGUGUCCUGUAUUACUUUACGGUAAGCGGGAAUAUAUUAUGUCUACAAAUCAUUUAGAUAUCGGAAGGUUUUAUAUGGUUUUUGGGUUUUGGUCUGUUCUGGCUGGAACAAGAUUUAGGUCGCUAAUUCGGUGAAGUUUAUUCAAUCCGGGGGCUAAGUUUUUAGACCCCGUAUGCUAUAAUGCUGUAGUAACAAUGCAUGCCUUAGUAAUAAUUUUCUUCUUUGUUAUGCCUGUUAUGAUUGGGGGAUUUGGUAACUGACUAGUGCCGCUAAUGCUUGAGGUUCCUGACAUACAAUUUCCGCGGGUUAACGCUUUUAGUUUUUGGGUCCUACCCGCGUCUUUGUAUUUCAUAGGAAUUUCAGGAUUUGUUGAAAAUGGAGUUGGGGCUGGUUGAACUAUCUACCCGCCAUUAUCAACUUUUUCUUAUCAUGGUAUGUGUAUGGACUUAGCUAUUCUAAGGCUCCAUUUGGCUGGUAUUAGGUCAAUUUUUAGGUCAAUUAACUUCAUGGUGACUAUUAAAAAUAUGCGCUCUGUAGAUGGGCACUUAUUAAGACUAUUUCCGUGGUCUAUUAAAGUGACUUCCUUCUUAUUAUUGACAACUUUACCUGUGUUGGCUGGGGGUCUUACUAUGUUACUAACUGAUCGUCACUUUAAUACUUCUUUUUUUGAUCCUGUAGGUGGCGGGGACCCGGUUUUAUUCCAACACUUAUUCUGGUUCUUUGGUCAUCCUGAGGUAUAUGUUCUUAUUCUUCCUGGGUUUGGAAUGAUCUCCCAUGUUUUGUGUUUUUGAUCUAGAAAAAAGACUGCUUACGGGAAUAUGGGGAUGUUCUAUGCAAUAUUGAAUAUUGGGUUUUUAGGAUUUAUUGUGUGGGGUCAUCACAUGUUUGUGGCUGGAAUGGAUAUUGACACGCGAGCUUAUUUCAGAGCAGCAACUGUUAUUAUUGCUGUACCGACUGGAAUUAAGGUAUUUGCUUGAAUUGCUACAAUAAUGGGGUCACAAGUUUCAACGCAUGCCCCUAUGUUAUGGUCUACCGGUUUUAUUGUCUUAUUUACAAUUGGUGGUCUAACCGGCCUUAUUUUAUCCAGUGCUUCUAUUGACGUAACUCUUCACGACACCUAUUUUGUAACUGGUCAUUUUCACUAUGUUUUAUCAAUGGGGGCAGUAUUUACAAUUUUAGCCGGAUUUACUCACUGAUUCCCAUUAUUUUCUCGAGUAAUGCUUCAUCGUCAAAAGAUAAAGAGGCAUUUUGUUGCGAUGUUUUUAGGAGUAAACAUUGCUUUCUUGCCUCAUCAUUUCUUAGGAUUAGCUGGAAUACCACGCCGAGUGGCAGAUUAUCCUGAUCAGUUUUGAUUUUGAAAUAAAGUGUCUACUUUUGGGUCACACCUAAGAACAGCUUCUUUGCUCUUUUUUGUAUUCUUAGUGUGGGAAGCUUUUAUUGCCCAUCGGCCUGUGGUUUCUGUUCGUAAUAGAUCAAGAUCUCCGGAGUGGUCAGUAAUGGUAAAUCUUCCUAAGCACGCUGCUUUGGAGUCAGCCAAAAUGUUGAAGGAUCCAGCGAAAAAGUAUUUAGGCAGGCGUUUGUAAGUAGUUUAGUAAUUAUGGGGUGGACUCUACUAUGAAAGUGAGUUAUAAAAUUCUUUUCAGAAUGCUGUACGCUACGGUUUCUAUUGGUGCGUUUAAGCUUCAAUAUAGAAGAGUAUUUAAGGGUAAAAUUUUAAAAAUUUUUGCGCGUAGUAUCUAGUAAGAUAGAAGGGAGUGAAAAUAUUUUAGCUCAUGAUGCCUUAAAAAAGAUAAGGGACACUCUAUUAGGAUAAUUUAUCUUAUGG